UGUUGGUAUAUCUCUGUCUGACUGUCGGUAUUUACCUGUCAAGACAGCGAAUAACGUUUUUAGCUGAACACCGUGGAUUAUUUCUAGUUUCGACUAGCAAACUGCAAAACAUUAUCUUGACGGUACAGCCAUGGGUUUGACCGAGUCGGCGUGGAGGGGAGAGGGGGGUUUAAAUUUCUCUUUUCGUCCCAACAGCGUCUUUUGAUUGGAAGUAAACGGUUCAGCAGAGCAGAACUGAGCUGCGUUUCUGUACAAGUUUGACAGAGUUAAAAGUUGUUGUUCAUCAGUGUCAGAACAGCAGAAACCAUUUCACACAGGUUAGUUCGUUUUUGUUAUUUUCAAUUGGAGUUUUUGGUUUUCCUGGAGAGCGGAGGUGGCGAACUGAAAGCGGCUCACCGAGUCGGGACUGACCAGUGGAGUUGGUCCUGAAAAUGGAGGCUGUGAUCGAGAAGGAAUGCAGCGCGCUCGGAGGACUUUUCCAAACUGUUAUCGGAGACAUGAAAAGCAGCUACCCUAUUUGGGAGGACUUCAUCACCAAGGCCGGCAAACUGCAGUCACAGCUCAGAGCGACAGUGGUUGCUGUGGCUGCCUUCCUGGAUGCCUUUCAGAAAGUGGCCGACCUAGCUACCAACUCACGAGGUGGGACCAGAGACAUUGGAUCAGCGCUGACCAGGAUGUGUAUGAGACAUCGCAGCAUAGAGGUUAAACUCAAACAGUUCUCGAUGGGUUUCCUGGAGGGUCUGAUCAACCCACUACAAGAACAGAUGGAGGAGUGGAAAAGAGGUGUAAAUACUUUGGACAAGGACCAUGCUAAAGAGUAUAAAAGAGCCCGGCAGGAAAUUAAGAAGAAGUCCUCUGACACACUGAAACUACAGAAGAAAGCAAAGAAAGCUGAUAAUCUAGGUCGCGGUGAUAUCCAGCCUCAGUUGGACAGCGCCAUGCAGGAUGUCAGUGAUAAAUACAUUCUGCUGGAAGAGACAGAGAAACAGGCCCUGAGGAAGGCUCUGAUAGAGGAGAGACAGAGAUUCUGCUGUUUUGUAGCCAUGCUGCGACCUGUAGUGGAUGAAGAGAUUUCUAUGUUGGGAGAGGUCACCCAUCUCCAGGCCAUCUCUGAUGACCUCAAAGCCCUGACCUCCGACCCACACAAGCUUCCCCCUGCUAGUGAACAGGUGAUCUUGGACCUGAAGGGCUCAGACUAUGGCUGGUCAUAUCAAACACCGCCCUCAUCCCCAAGCACCACUAUGUCCAGGAAGUCUAGCAUGUGCAGUAGUCUGAACAGCGUUAACAGUAGUGACUCCAGGGGAUCCAGUGGCUCUCACUCUCAUUCUCCUUCCUCCUCUUCUUCCUCCUCUUCCUCACACCACCUCUUCCACCACCAUCACCCCCGCCAUCGGUACCGUAGCUCCACGCUACCGCAGCAGGCCCCAGCUCGGCUCUCUAGCAUCUCCUCCCACGACUCGGGCUUCAUUUCUUCAUCACAAGACCAAUACAUGUCGUCCAAAUCAUCCUCGCCUAUGCCAGCUGAAACAAAGUUGUCCAAUGGUUUUGACCACUACAGUCCGGCCAGUUCCCCCUACCUGCAUAGCAAUGGGGGGAGUUUGGGCUCAGUGUCAGGCACUGCCUUCCCAUUCCUCCCUCCUUCAUCCUCAUCUUCCACCUCCUCCUGCCCCACUCGUUCAUGGUCACGUCCCGCCUCAGCCUUGCUGCCAGACUACCCUCACUACUGCACGAUGAGCUCCCCCAUGGUGCCUUCAUCUCGAGUUCCCAGUUGGAAGGACUGGGCAAAACCAGGGCCUUAUGACCAGCCCAUGGUCAACACACUAAGGAGGAAGAAAGACAAGGAGAGCCCAGCUGUAAUAGACAGUAAUAGUAGUAUGAACAGUGACCCAUCCUCAGGCCCAGCCUCAAUCUUGAUGUCAACACCAGCUCCCGCUGCGCUACAAACACCAAGUUCAUCGGCCUCAGUGGAAGAGAGGAGCAGGCAUGUGGCUUCACCUCUCAAGGCUGGUGAUAUUGAGGCCCACGAGGAACUGGCUCUGGCCUUAUCCAGAGGUCUGGAGCUGGACACCCAGAGGUCCAGUAGAGACUCCAUCCAGUGCUCCAGUGGCUACAGCACGCAGACCAACACACCCUGCUGCUCUGAAGACACUAUACCUUCACAAGUAUCAGACUAUGACUAUUUCUCAAUGGCUGGAGAUCAGGAGCCUGAGCAGCAGCAGACUGACUUUGACAAGUCCUCCACCAUCCCCAGAAACAGUGACAUCAGUCAGUCCUACCGACGCAUGUUCCAGACCAAGCGCCCAGCCUCCACAGCCGGCCUGCCCAGCACACAGGCUCCUUACCCCGGACAGGGGGCCUACCCUGCAGGGCCCUAUCCCCCAACACCUAUACACACAACUUAUCCAUCUACCCCUACUGGGGCUUAUCCUCCUACCCCUACAGGAUCAUGUUCAGGUCAGGGAUAUUACUCAGGAUCCAGCUCCCAUAAUGCAUCUGGCUCCUAUUCCACAGGCCAUGGUCCAGUUAUCGUCACCCCAGGGGUUGCUACAAUUCGCCGCACCCCCUCUUCAAAACCUUCCGCUCGCCGUUCAGGCUCCAUUGUAGGUACAGGCCCCAUCCCUAUUCGUACACCUGUCAUCCCAGUAAAAAUCCCAACGGUGCCUGACAUGUCAGGAGCAGUUAAUGGGAGCAGGAGUGCAGAGGAGAUGGGAGGAGGAGGAGAGGGUGGAGAAGAAAGCCCAGAUUCUCCAACAUUCGCAGGAGUGGAGGAUGCUGGCACUCUGCCUGUGAUGUCCUGGAGUGGUCAAGCUACAACCAACCCUCCCACCAUCCCCCUGCCCAACCAGCUGACCCAGCAGCACCUUCAGAGUGAGACUGGGCUGGAAGGAGGAGGAGAGCAGGCUGGAGAAGGCGGAGAUGGAAACAUGCUGGUGGCCAUACGCAAGGGGGUCAAGCUCAAGAGAACCCUCACCAACGAUCGCUCCGCACCGCGCAUCGCAUGAUGACAUCAUCACAAUAUACAGGCGAGGGUCACAAGAAACAUGUGAUCUCCUGUCAUAGGAGUGUGGCCCCCCCUUCAUUAUAUUUGUAAAUGAGGUUAAAGGCUUUACAAAAAGUGUUGCUGAUAGAAAUGCAAUAUAGAGAAUCAAAAGGCUUCUUAUGCUACUAUGAGAAAUCAUUGGCACCUGUUCUACAUUUCUCAUUCUGUAAAUUUUCAUCUGGGAGAAUCUCUCACUACAGAAGCCAUCCAUAAUGAGAGGAAAAUAUAUAGACAUGUAAGGUGCAAGUUUUCUUUGGUAUUGGCUUAUGAUGCCUCAGAAAUUAUGUAAAGACGGGUUUGUUAAAAUAUGGGUUUGGCCCCAAAGUGGAUCGCAGGCCCACUUAAGUUAGAUCCGUGUAUAGUUGAAUAACUGUACGAGCCUGUGCGAGUAGAAGGAAAAGACCUAAUUUCUCACAAAGGCCCUCGAAUAAAGGCCUAAGCACUAAAAUGUAUUUGCAAAUCCGAGCCCACAGCUGUGUAAUCUCAGUGUAAAACAUGAGGAUGUUUUUGCUAAUAACAAGAAGGACAGAGCAGCAUUACAGUACAGUGUGUUCAUUUCUUUGAGAAGACAGUAAAGAUGUACUUUGCACACUUUGCAUCCAGUAUUUGCCCUGAAGCAAUGGGUUGGACAAGGACAACAUGUAUGCCUCUUCUCAGUGUAAAAAACACUGUAUUAUAUGUCUAAACACUUACUGUUGCAGGAGUGCAUUGUACCAUGGAGGGAUAAAUAAGCACUCUUAACUGCAUAGUGGCAGAAAGAGCACAGUAAGUACACCACGGUGUCACAAGAGCAAUAUUCAGGUUCACUAGAAAGUAAUGGCUCCAUUUGGAAACUCCUGGAUUUCAUCGACUGCUCAGAUGAAGAGACGCCCUGAUAGGAAUGUGCUGUGUUGUCAAAGCUGUCUUCCUCUCACAGUUCAUAAAAUACGUGGGAUGUCCACAGAGCCAACAAGGGCAGGGGUAUGAACAAUUCAGAGACUGACUGCGCUGCACCCGAGCUGUGGGAGACUACAGUGUGACUAAAGCAUCACAAGGUUGAUGAGUUAUGUUUUGUUUUAGUUGUUUUAGUAUUUACACGAUUUGUAAAUAAUUUUGCACGCCUCUGUUGCUGAGGAGUGUGUGGGUGCUUCUCGUUCUCUGUAUCUUUGCUCUAUUUCCAUCUGCUCCACCUGCUUCAAGGUGCCAAAAUGGCUCAGUUUUACAUCUUAAAACAAGAUGUUUAUUGAUGUUUAUAUAAUGAUCAUCACAUCCCAUUGCCUUGGGAUGUGGAUUGGUUUUCUUUUUCCUUAUUUUUUCCAAUAUGAUUCUCAUUUAAUCUGCAGUAUCUACAUGCUGAGCUUUGUAGAACUUCUCAGUGGUUUGUGAUUAUAUAUUAGUCUUAUAUCUUAGCCCCUUAAUUUUUGUAGCAUUUAUUAGCCAUACUGCAGCCUGCGCAUUGAUUGCUCAUAACGUUACUAAUAAUUGUCAAAGUACAGAUGUGCCAUGUCAACGUUAAUUCAAAUCUGUAUAUAUACAUAUAUAUAUAUACAUAUAUAUAUAUAUGUGUGUUUGUGUGUGUGUAUACACACAUAUUAUUAAACAAUGUUAUUGAGGCAAAAUAUUUUUGAUGUUUUCAAAGUUAUGAGUUUAAAGCUAUUAUUGGUAAUGCCAUACUGUUUUUAUUCUGUCUGGUUGCUGUUAUUGAACUCUGUUCUCUUUGAAACGCAUGUAACGUGCAUGCAUCCUUAUGAUUAAUUAGGGUUUUACGUUUCAUCUCCAAUGUUGGUGUUUUGAUUUCUUUUGUAAUAGCAAAAAGUUCAGUCGAAACACAUUUUGUUCCCCUAAGAACUUAAGAAAUCGCAUCAAAAUCUGUUGUAUAAUGAGAAGUACACCAUUAUAGGUACAUUUUAAUUUUUAAUUAUUUUUUUUUUACCUGGACAAUAUGAUUUUCUGAAGAUAUGAGGCUUUUCCUCAGACUGCAGCGUUGUAAGACAAUUAGUCUCAUUGAGUUAUAGUCUGUGUUUUAAUUUUCUUUUCAGUUCAAGCACUGUGAGACCACGGCUACUACAAGAUGUAUGAAAGUGUAAAUAUUAUUUAGCUGUACAAGUUAGUCCAGGAACUCACACGUUUUUUAAUUUAUUUUCUUUCUCAGUCUUUAAAUCUCUUUUUCUUUCUCAACCUAUCUCUAUUUUUAUACUUAUAUAAAAUAUCGGAGUAAUAGAGUCGUUCCCUGUACCCAUGCAUGUGCUAUCUAAUGGUGUGUUGUACAUCAGGUUUUAGCAGCAGUGAAAUGUCCACAACCAUCCAGCUACGAUUCAUUUAAGUCCCUUAUUUCACACAUACACACACACGUAUAAACUGCAUUUUAAUAAGGGCUGGUUUAAAAGUGAACAGCCGCUACAGAAAAGUUUGUUUUUUUUCCUGACCUCCAGGCACCAAGAGAAGUAAUGCAGAGAUUUAAAUCAGUAUUAUGAGUGCAGAACUGGGAUGUUGCAGAACUGCAUCAACUUCAGUUUCAGUUCAGUCAAGACAGUAGAUUUUUUUCUGAAUGGUUACGCCUUAAUCUUUUGUUUUAAAUCUUUUAAAAGAUGUGGGAGUGAUGGAGCUGAGCUGAUUUCAGGAACAAAUGGCACGCUGCCCACAACGUCUGGCCUUCCUUUAUAUGACCCAGAGUUUCCCAGAGAGAUCUUGGCACCUGCCUGAAUUAAAACCAUAGUGUGAACAGGGGGAUGCACCACAAACCAUAUUUUGCAUUGAAAACACCCCUUUAUUGUUUAAUAUCAAAAGAGCAAAGAUAAUAUCACUGCUUAGAUAUUUUGGGAAACCCAGCAUUCAGUUCUCAAUAUUGUUGAAGAUGUUAAUAUUUUUGUUUUUGUUUGUUUUUGGCCGUCCACCUGUUUAAAACUUGAUUUGUCGACCUGUAAUUUUCAUAUUUAAAUUGCUAGUAUAAAUAUAUAUAUUAUAUCAGAGCAGCCAAAUGUCACUAUAUCCUAUGAAUAAGACGUUUAUAGUUUGGGGGGGGUGAAAGUAGUAGUUUAGUUUUUAGCUUAUUUUUCCCCCACGAGGAGAGUUGACCUCUCUAUCUGUCCGCGUACAGUUCAACAGGCUAUGAUGCAGUUUGUUUCAGGAAGUAAAAGGUUGUUAUUUUUUGUGUAAUGACAGCUUUAGCAAUA